AUGGCCGACGCCGCACCUCUCCUAGCUCCGCGCCUGGGCGCGGCCACUCGCGACAGCCGCCGCCGGCAGGUGCUCUCCAUCGUGCGGCCGAAGCGUGGUGGGAAGCGCGCCGCCGCCACCGCCUACGCCUGGCUACUCGCGGGAGCCACCCUCCUCUGCGUUGUGCAGCUGGUGGUGGCAAGCUAUCCAGAGCUCGGCGACGAUCCAGCCAACGACGUCUACUUCUUCGUGGCGGACGCGGUGCUCUCCUCCAUCUUCCUCGCCGACUACAGUCUGCGGCUCUACUCUGCGCCAGAACUGCCUCGGAUGGUCACGCGCGGCCUCGCUCCAGGAGAGGCGAGGCUGCGCUGGGUGUUAUCAGGAGAGGCCGUCGUGUACGCACUCUCCACCUUCCCCUUUUUCCUCGACCUGCUUGUCGACGGCCGCUAUUCGGGCGUGUUUGACAGCGGGCUCAAUGCCAGCUGGGUGCGCGUCUUUCGAAUCCUCAACAUCUUCCGCACGUCGGAGUACUCGGCCGCCGUAAACACGGUGCUACGCGUCCUCGUCGUCAACCGAACGAUUCUGCUCGCCUCGCUCGCGAUGGUGCUCUUCAUGGUUUUACUCACUGCAACCCUCCUCUACUCGAUCCUCCCCGACGCCACGCUCGCCGCGAACGGCAUCCGCUCCAUCCCGGACGCCGCUUACCUCGCCGUGCUCAUGCUCACCGGACAGGCGCUGCCGGAGGGGUCCCUUUCCUCGGGCACGCGGCUCAUCGUGCUCUUCACCUCCUUCUUCUCCGUGCCCAUCUUUGCCGUGCCCGCCGCGAUGCUGACCUGGGGCUUCGAGGAGUCUGCAGCGGGGACGAUCGCCGCCGAGUCGUCCGACGACAGCGACUCCGACUUUGAAGAGUACCUGCGCACGGCAGCGGGGGCGGAGGGGGACGACGGCGAAUUUGCGGAGGAGGCGCUGUCCUUCUUCGAGAGAGCAAGUUCGGACGCGGUGGGGGGUGGCGGCCGUCUCCUGCCAGAGGCGCGCCGCCUGGCGCAGGAGAUCGAGUCGAAGCAGCAGCGUGCGGCGCGGACGCGGCACUUGCGCUGCGACGCGCUGCACCUUGUCGAGGCGAGCUAUGGCGAAGACAAGCCGGACGGGCAUGCAGAGGCGCUGAUGGAGGCGCGCCUCCAGAGCUUUGCCCAGCUCGUGCACUCGUCACGGCAAGCAGAGGCUUCGACGCCGCUAGCUGCACCACUGGUGAGCGGGUCGGGCGCAGAUGUAGAGGAGGAGGUGGCCUCCGGGGCACUGGUGGGUGAUGCGCAACUGCGGCGGCUGGAGGCGGUGCUGGACCGGCGUCUGGCCACUAUGGAUGCGCGGCUCGCGAAGCUCGAGGCGGCGCUGGUGCACCGACUGUCGUCCCGCAGCGCAUCCCGCAAGUCGCUCGUCUACGCGGGCUCUCUCGGCUACGGGACCGGCCCCAGCUUCGGCUGA